AUGCCUGCCCCUCGUUUCAUUUCUCCUCCUGCGACCCCGCCUCCCAGUAAGGGUCUGUCGCUGGCGACUGGAAGAGAUAAUGACCUUGAAGGUCAGCGCCUCAUCGGCACCACCCGAUUUGAGCCUCGGAGUGACGUGAAAAACAUUCUGAUCACUGGAGGUGCAGGAUUCAUUGGAGGUUGGGUAACCCGACACCUGGCGGUGCAGUAUCCCGAAUAUAACAUUGUCUGUUUCGACAAGCUCGAUGUUGUCGCCUCUCUUUCCAAUAUCAGCUGUUUGCAAUCUUUACCAAACUUUGAGUUUGUGCAUGGCGAUUUAAUGGAUCAAGCAGCCAUUGCCAAGGUCCUAUCAGAGCACAAUAUUGACUGUGUGAUGCACUUCGCUGCAUGCUCACAUGUCCAGAACUCGUUCAAUGACCCACUAAAUUUCACCGUCAACAAUGUCAUUGGUACUCAGCUGCUACUCGAGGCUAUUCGUCAUCACAAGGGUCCCAGAAGGGUCCACCGCUUCAUUCAUGUCAGCACUGAUGAGGUUUAUGGCGAUGUGAUGGAAUCGGCGUGUGACGAAACCAAGCAAUUUAUGCCCACCAACCCAUAUGCAGCCUCCAAGGCGGCUGCUGAGAUGUACGUUUGGUCAUAUGCCAAAUCAUUCGAUAUCCCGGCUCUUGUUGUUAGGAGCAACAACGUGUACGGGCCCGGUCAAUACCCUGAGAAAAUAAUCCCUCGCUUCUGCACUCUUCUCAUGCAGCAAAGGCCAUUAACAAUACAAGGCUCCGGCAUGAACAUUCGCCGGUACCUUUACGGAGCUGAUGCUGCUGAUGGCUUCGACACUUUACUGCACAAAGGUGUCAUUGGUGAAGCAUACAACAUUCAGUCUUCCCAAGCAAUCACCAACCUCGAGGUAGCCGCUCGCACACUUGAGCUAUUCGGCUACAGUCCACGGGACUUCAACCGAUGUCUGACUCAGAUCCCUGACCGUCCUUUCAACGACCAUGACUACUGGGUGGACGGCUCCAAACUGGCUGCAUUGGGAUGGCAACAACGCGUCCCCUUCUCCGAAGGACUAGAGGCAUCGGUCAAGUGGUACCGUGAGAACUUAGAUUCUUGGUGGCCUGAAGUCUCGAAGAAUAUCAGUGUCGCGUUGACCGCGACCCCUGAAAACCACCCCUGUGAUACACAACCUAAUGGCAAUGGAGCCGAGGAUGUGGGCUGA